AUGAAGAAGUAUUUCAUCACACAUAAGGUUGCCACCCCGUAUCACCCACAGACGAGUGGACAGGUUGAAGUUUCCAAUCGAGAGAUCAAGCACAUUUUGGAAAAGACGGUAAACCCCAAUAGAAAAGAUUGGUCUAUGCGAUUGAGUGAUGCACUGUGGGCAUAUAGGACAGCUUUCAAGACUCCGAUUGGGAUGCCACCCUAUCAGCUUGUGUACGGGAAGGAACAGAUGAAGAAGGCUCAUGACCAGAGCAUUUUGAGACGAUCUUUUGAGCCUGAUGAGAAAGUCCUUUACAAUUCUCGGCUGCAUCUUUUCCUAGGCAAGUUGAAAUCUCGAUGGACAGGCCCAUUCAUCAUUCGGUUUGUUUUUCCUCAUGGGCCUAUCGAGAUUGAGGAUCCUAAGAAUGGCAACACCUUCAAGGUGAAUGGACAGAGAUUAAAACCAUUCUUAGAGUUGAGAAGUAAGGAGAUCGAGACGACAUUGUUGGAGGAUCCGAGUUAUUCUGAAUGA